AUGAGUUCUUCUUUUGAUCACAAAGCAUAUUACGAGGAAGAAGGUGACAAUGACAUCUAUUAUGACGAGGAAGAAGCCUAUGGUUACGAAGAUGGUGAAAACGGUGAUGAAUAUGAAUAUGGAGAACAGUCCAACGAAGAUGGUGAUGAUGGUGUCUAUUACGACGAAGAAGAAGGAUAUGGCUACGAAGAUGGUGAAAACGAUGAUGAAUAUGACUAUGAAGAACAAACCUAUCACAAUGAAGAUUGUGACGACGGUGUCUAUUUCGAUGAGGAAGAAGGCUAUGAUUACGAAGAUGGUGAAAACGGUGAAGAACAAGCCAAUUACAAUGAAGAUUGUGACGAUGGUGUGUAUUUUGACAAGGAAGAAGGCUAUGGCUCUGAAGAGAAUAUUUCAAUUAAUAAUGGAUUUGUGAAAGAGAAAGUAACUUUCAUGGUUAUGGAUGAUUUAGUUAUUCAGCCUUUUACUUUUACUUCAAUGAUUGAAGUUGUUAACAAGUUUAAUAUUAAAGAGAUUAGAGAGAUGAUUGUUGAGUUGGGAAUGAAUGAGGGUAUCAAAUUGCUUAAAGCUUCCUUGGAGUCGAAGAUGGUUUUGACCAGUAUUUUUGUCAACAAGGAAUAUUGA